AUGGCACCGGUAUUACCCAAAAGGCCCUGCCAGAAUAAUUCUUAUCAGGCACUGAAGCGCUGAUGAACUGCGCAGGCGUCAGGCUGACGACGUCCCCGAGUAUCACGCAUGCGCGCAGCACACGAGGCCUUGAAAAUGUCGGUUGCAGGUUAAAAACGAGAAGGAAUUUGUCGCCGGGGAUCUCAAACAGAAAACGCCAGUUUUGCUGUCUCUGUCUGGAUAUUUAAGAAGUGGAGCGAGGGAUUCAAUCGACUAUCCUUCCUGCUCAGACUGUGGAGAGGGAUUCAAUUGAUCAUUUGACCAAAUAGCAAGCCAGUCAUCUUACACAGGAGAAAGGCUGUUCACCUUCUCAGACAGUGGGAAUAGAUUCACUCAAUUAUCACAAUUGAAGGUACAUCAGCAAGUUCACACUGGGCAAGGCCAUUCAUCUGUUCUGUGUGUGAGAAAGGAUUCAGUUGGACCUGUGGACACACCAGUCAGUUCACACCACACCUGGUAGAGGCUGGUGAUCUGCUGAAUUUCUGGGAAAAGAUUCACUCAGUCAUUUGACCUUAUGGCUCACCAGCGAGUUCACACUGGGGAGAAGCCAUUCACCUGUUCAGUCUGUGGAAAGGGAUUCACUCAGUCAUCCAACCUACGGAGUCCCCAGCGAGUUCACACUGGGGAGAGGCCGUUCACCUGUUCAGAAUGUGAGAAGAGAUUCACUCAGUCAUCCAACCUACGGAGUCCCCAGCGAGUUCACACUGGAGAGAGGCGCUUCACCUGCUCAGUCUGUGGGAAGAGAUUCACUCAGGCAUCCAACCUACGGAGACAUCAGCGAGUUCACACUGGGGAGAGGCCGUUCACCUGUUCAGUCUGUGGGAAGAGAUUCACUCGGUCAUCCAACCUACUGGUACAUCAGCGAGUUCACACUGGGGAGAAGCCAUUCACCUGCUCAGAAUGUGGGAAAGGAUUCAGUGAGUUAUCCAACCUACUGGUACAUCAGCGAGUUCACUCUGGGGAGAAGCCAUUCACCUGCUCAGUCUGUGCGAAGGGAUUCACUCGGUCAUCCCAACUACAGAAUCAUCAGCGAGUUCACACUGGGGAGAAGCCAUUCACAUGCUCAGAAUGUGGUAAAGGAUUCAGUGAGUUAUCCAACCUACUGGUACAUCAGCGAGUUCACACUGGGGAGAAGCCAUUCACCUGCUCAGAAUGUGGGAAAGGAUUCAGUGCUUUAUCCAGCCAACUGAGACAUCAGCGAGUUCACACUGGGCAGAAACCGUUCAUCUGUUCAGAAUGCGGGAAGAGAUUCACUCAGUCAUCCCACCUGCAGAGUCAUCUGCCAGUUCACACUGGAGAGAAGCCAUUCCCCUGCUCAGAAUGUGGGAAGAGGUUCAGUCACUCACGCUCCCUGCAGAGACACCAGUCAGUUCACACUGGGGAGAAGCCGUUCAUCUGCUUAGUCUGUGGGAAGAGAUUCACUGAGUCAUCCAGAUUACUGGUACAUCAGCGAGUUCACACUGGGGAGAAGCCGUUCAUCUGCUUAGUCUGUGGGAAGAGAUUCAAUAACUCAUCCAGAUUGCUGGAACAUCAGCGAGUUCACACUGGAGAGAGGCCAUUCACCUGCUCAGAAUGUGGGAAGAGAUUCACUCACUCUUCCACACUACAGAGACAUCAGCGAGUUCACACUGGAGAGGAGCCAUUUACCUGCUGAGAAUGUGGGAUAGGAUUCACUCAGUCAUUCCAACUACUGGCACACCAGUCAGUUGUUAUGAAUCCCUAGGUUUUGUUUGCUGUGGACUGUCAUUUUAAGAGAGAGAGAUUAGGAAGUUUAAUCAGUCUGACUUGCAGCUUGUUUACAUCACUCACAGCUUGUUUAGUUUUAACUGAGGACACAGACACUCAGAGUCAGACGGAGAUGAAGGAGGAAAAAUGGAAAGAUCGAUACAAGGGAAAUAGGUGCCAAGGGUCACUGUUUGGAAUUUUCCUAUGCCCGCAAGUAUGGGUUAAUUAUCGAUUCAUCAUACAUCGUCUGUGUGGUUGUCACCUCGUUUGAUCCAUAGGAGUGGAUCUGAUUUGGGGUAUCAUGUGAAGACCACCGAUGUGUUAACCCUUGCCUGGGUGUGGUGUGGUAAUUCACUUGAAGACGAUACGCCUUGUGACAAGUCACUUUGGGUGAUAAUUAUUAUGUGGAUUUGGAAGGAUGACAGAUAAUAUCUACAGUGACUGUUCUCUUGUUUUACCACCAUGGAACCUGUGGAAUUCGACAUAAUUGCCUUCUCUCGACAUUUACCCUGGAUUACAUAUAUCUCUCUCAUCACCUAUUCUGUGGUUGAACUGAACUUUCAUACUUUACCAUCUCAAGACUCCAAGCCUUGUUCCCCCCAAGCUCAAUAGUUUUGGAUUUAUAUUUACACACAUAUAUACACAGAACACUGUUAACUUUUGUUUAUCUUGCUUAAGUUACUAUAUUAUAAGUCGAUUCUAAUAAAGAUAGUUUUAAGAUCAAAAACAGACUCCUGGUGUAGUCUCCACGAGGAAAUCUGCAGAUGCUUGGAAGUCAAACACACACAAAAUGCUGGUGGAG